AUGAGCUACAGCAAGCGUGCUUUUCAGAGGACCGUGGUGUUAUUGGAAAAGAAGAGGACUGCUGUUCCUGUGAACGCAGAAAUGAGUCGGCUUAUAAAUGCCAGGCGGGUGAUGGACAUUGCCUUUACAAAAAACCACACCGCUUCUCAGAUAGGCGAUCUUCUUUGCGGUGCUUUUCCUUCUUUAGUUGGAAAAGACCUCGGUGGGUUAGAGUUAUUCGCAUCAUACUGUAGAGGGCAUGCCAUGUCGAAGGUUGCGACUGGCCUCCAAGAUGGUGUGAAGCUACUGGAAUUAUUCGGAGGAUCAAGGAAAAAGAAAAUUUUCCUGUGGCUUCCAAAUCCAGCCUCACAUACCUCGACAUCCACAGUAUCAACUCCAGUACCUUCAUCGACCCAACCUAACCCCAUUCCUUCACUAGCCCAAACUAACCCCACCCCUCCACUAGCCCAACUAGCCCAACCUGACUCCACCCUUCCACUGGCCCAAAGUAGCCCCACUCCUCCACUAGCCCAACCUAACCCUGCCACUCCACUUUCCCAACCUAACUCCAAUCCUCCACUAGCCCCAACGAACCCAACUCCUCCACCAGCCCAACCUAACCCCACCCAUCCACCAGCCCAAACUAACCACACCCCUCCACUAGCCCAACCCAACCCCACUAUUCCACUUACCCAACCUAACCCCAAUCCUCCACUAGCCCAACCUAACCCCGCUCCUCAUUCAUCCCGGCCCAGCUUUGCUCCUCCAUUGGCUCACCCCAACACCACAUCAUCCACUUCAGAAAUUGGAGAUGAUGAUUUACCUGAAAUGUUAUGGCUUGCAGAUGAUCAACCCCAAGUCAGAACAGAUGCCUUUCAAACAGUUGGUGUCCUUCGAGAAGACUUAAGCCCAGUGGGAGCUGUUCGUCAAAACCUCGGAAAAGUGGCAUUAGGGAGACUGGACAGGGUGGAGGAGGUACUUCUAUGUGAGAGGGAACUUUACCAAAACUAUGCUGUGCUGGAGUCCUUACCUGUCUUCUUAAAUCUCACCUUUGAAGAGAUAUGCUACCAGGCAAAGAGAGAUUUUAAAAUGUUUACACUAAUUAUCAUAAAACUGGGCGAUAAUUUUGAUCCUGUGCGAAGAAUUUGUAGCAUGCUCCAAACAUUAUCAGUUGAUCUGUACUACUGGAUGGCAUGUAUGGAGAGUGCAAGUGGGAGAAGAGUGAUAUCAAAGUUUGGCCUAAAUAAUGACGAGAGUCAGAUUUUUUUCCUGGCACCAACCUCUGGCAGGCCAGUCCUGGUUGAACGUUUUUCAGGCCAGACCCUUGCCAACAUCAACAUGGGUGACAUUGAAGAUUGCAUUCAGCAGGGCCAAUUGGCCCUUCUGAAUUUAAAGAAGAAAUGCAAUAAAAAGGAGGAUCAAACCACUAAGAUGGAUAUGGAGUUAAGAGAGGUAAGGGGUCAGCGGGUACUGCCUGAGGACAAAGAGGGCAUUACAAUAAUCCUACGGUAUGGCAGUACCCGACUGAAACGCAAAUUCAAAGCAACUGCUCUUUUCCAGGAGGUGUAUGACUGGGCAGGGUCACAACAGAAUGUGCCCCUAAAUUUUACUCUGCAGAGACAAAAGCACGUGGUCAAACACCAAGAUCCCCUUCUGGGCAAGGAGGUGCUAGAUAUCUGCGAGAGGGAUCCAGAGGAAGCCAAGGCUCUCCUAGAUGACCAGGUUUGCUUCAAGGGAAAUGUGCCACUAGGCAAACAGGAAAUCCUGCAAACAACAGUCGAGG